AUGGUCGGCGAUCGUUCGAUGUCUGUUAACUCGCUUAAUAGCAGCAGCAGCAGCAGCGAAUUUGCCGACGCUGACUGCGUCACGUCAAAUGACGACGGCGAUCUACGAUCUAUGAACGUGGUCGUCGUCGGCGGUGAAAUCAGCUCACCUCUCAGUUCACCUGAACUCGUGGAUGGUCAGCCGUUUGGGCAGCCGCCCCGUACCAGUUCCCUCAUCCCGAAAUUAUCUAUGAUAUUUGGGUGUAGCAGUGACCUUUGUUCAGCGUUAGUGUGCAUUCAAUAA